AUGUCUCACUUCGGUGUUUGGCUGAGUUUAAGCAGAGGGAAGGCAAGUCUCCCUGCUGUUCUCCAGGCUUUCACAUUCUCCCAGGCGGCAAAGCACACUGUAGGCAAACUCCAGGAGACAAAAGACGCCGGAGAUGUUGGGAUCCGCUUGAACAAGUCCUCGCCGUCCGGGGCUAAAGCCCAAGGAGUGAAAAGCUUGUCCGAAAUGCCCGGACCCAGCACUUGGAGCAACUUGGUGCAGUUUUUCUUGCGAGACGGAUUCAGCAGAAUACAUGAUAUACAACUCCAACACACAAAGCAAUAUGGCAAGAUCUUCAAGUCGCACUUUGGACCUCAGUUUGUCGUCUCUAUCGCUGACCGGAACAUGGUGGCUCAGGUGUUGAGGGCAGAGAGCAGAGCCCCUCAAAGGGCCAACAUGGAGUCGUGGCAGGAGUACAGACAGUUACGGGGAAGGGCGACAGGAUUGAUAUCUGCAGAAGGAGAGCAGUGGCUCAAGAUGAGGAACGUGCUGAAACAGCGCAUCAUGAAGCCCAAGGACGUAGCCAUGUUUUCAGAAGGAGUGACUGAUGUCAUCGCAGAUUUGAUCAAAAGGAUGAAGUACAUGAAGGCUCAGGAAGGUGCCUCAGAGACUAUAACUGAUGUGAACAACUUGUUCUUUAAGUUCGCAAUGGAAAGUGUUGCCACUAUCCUUUUCGAAACUCGGCUUGGCUGCUUGGAAAACCAUGUCCGCCAAGAAACCAGGGACUGUAUGGAAGCUCUGGAUCUCAUGUUCCGCACCUUCAAGGCCACCAUGUAUGCAGGCGCCAUUCCCAAGUGGCUCCGUCCUUUCAUCCCCAAACCUUGGAAUGAGUUCUGCCGGUCUUGGGAUGGGCUUUUCCGAUUCAGUGAGAUGCACGUUGACCGGAAGAUGGUUCAGAUCAAGCAGCAGUUGGAGCAGGGGCAGGCUAUCCAGGGCGGGUUACUGACCUGCUUGUUGGUCAAAGAGGAGAUGACCCUGGAGGAGAUUUACGCAAAUACGUCAGAGAUGCUGCUAGCAGGCGUUGAUACGACUUCCUUCACGUUAUCGUGGUGCACGUACCUUCUGGCCAGGUAUCCUGCUGUUCAAAGGCUGGUGUAUGAAGAGAUUGUUCAGAACCUUGGAUCCGAUGUGACCCCAACAGCUCAGGAUCUAUCCAAAUUACCUCUGGUCCGAGGAGUCCUCAAGGAAACCUUGAGGCUGUUCCCUGUCCUUCCCGGGAAUGGUCGGGUCACCCAGGAGGACAUGAUUGUCGGUGGAUACUUCAUUCCAAGCGGGGCACUUCCAACAGAUGAUGACCUUUCCCAUCAACGUGACGUUGAACAAUCUACUUUGUGUGCGCAGUUAAGCAUGAGUCGAGUCAAAGCCUCUGUCGUGUUUCUUCAUCGCCUGUCGCUGUUUAUCCAGAUGUCUUGA